CGUGGUCACACGGGGCGGUGCAGGCCGGUCGUCCGGAGCUGGUUAGGGUGAAGGUGGGCGGCUGGGCUGGCUCCCGGCGUGAGGGAUGGGGCUGCCGGCCGCGUAGGGGCCAUGCCGCCCGGACCCCGGGCCUCCCGCGUUUCGCGCCCCGGCCGCUGCGCCCCACGUCCGCGCCGGUAUGGUGAACCUGGCGGCCAUGGUGUGGCGCCGGCUCCUGAGGAAGAGGUGGGUGCUAGCCCUAGUCUUCGGGCUCUCGCUCGUCUACUUCCUCACCAGCACCUUCAAGCAGGAGGAGAGGGCAGUGAGAGAUCGGAAUCUCCUCCAAGUGCAAGACCACGAUCAGCCCAUUCUGUGGAAGGUGCAGUUUAACCUGGGCAAUAGCAGUCGGCCCAGCAACCAGUGCCGGAACUCCAUUCAAGGGAAGCACCUCAUCACGGACGAGCUAGGGUACGUCUGUGAAAGGAAGGAUUUGCUGGUGAAUGGCUGCUGCGACGUCAACGUCCCUGGCACCAAGCAGCACUGCUGUGACGGCUGCUUGUCCAACGGCUGCUGCAGCGCCUACGAGCACUGCGUUUCCUGCUGCCUGCAGCCCAGCAAGCAACUUCUCCUGGAGCGGUUCCUCAGCCGGGCAGCUGUGGCAUUCCAGAACCUCUUCAUGGCAGUCGAAGAUCACUUUGAAUUGUGUUUGGCUAAAUGCAGGACCUCUUCCCAGAGCGUGCAGCAUGAGAACACCUAUAGGGAUCCCAUAGCAAAGUAUUGCUAUGGAGAGAGCCCUCCCGAGCUCUUCCCGGCGUGAUGGGCGUGGAAGAUGGGCGAGCGCACGAGACUGAAGCACUUGCAGCCUGAAGCCAGGCCUCCGCGGUCUCUGGUCCCGUGAAAGAAGGGGGGGUUGUCGUGUGGAGACCUUGGCUUUGACCGCUUCCUGGGUUGGAGUCUGGCUCACUCCCCACCAGACGUUCCCCGGUGGGACUGACCUGCAAAGCAGCUUGGAAGCACUAGCAGGUCACAUUUUGAAACAGACAGAACUGCAGAUGACCUUGUGGAAGGGGUGGCACUUUGGGCGUCUCUACCGUUGCAGCUGCUCAGGGGCCUGUGGUCACUGGUUGUGCCCAGCAGGGCCCCUCACUGUAAAGUUAUUUAUUGGAUUUCUUUGGAUUAGUGGGAAAAUUAUGAUGUUUUAUAUGGGAAAAUGCCUUGCCUUGAUUGUUGAAUAUAUUCAAGGGUGUUCUUGUUGUUGUUUUCUUGUGUUCUUGAGUGUCAUGAGUUUUAAAUCAUCCCCUCACCCAGAAGAAAUGUUUGGCCACCUUAGAACAUGCAUGUUCUCAAGGUAGAUGUUUCAGUUUUGUUUUAACAGCAUCCUCAGGAGUGGGCCUUGGACACUUUAUGCUAACAUCUAAAAUUGUCUAAAAUCUCAAAGAUAUUGUUCCAUUCCAAUCUGGCACCAAGUGCUCUCAGAUUUUUUUCCUAGGGGUGUUUGGGAUACUUACAUACCUGUGUGUGAGCAUCAUUUUAACCAGAGAUUCUGACCUACUUACUGUCCUGGAGGAUUUUGUUUUCAUUUCCGGUGAAGUGACUGGUUUACUCAGCCGUGGUCCAGUGGCAGCUUCAGGAGAAUCCCGGCAGCCUCUCUGCACCCCUGUCAUGGAAACCCCGUGUGCAGGAGGUACAUCUGGCAGCCGGCUAUCAGCGGUCAUCCUUUACGGCUUCAGGAGCUAUAACGGGUACAGACGUUUGGUUCCCCUAGGAUUUGAGAUGAAGAAGAAGAAGUGGAAGAAGAUCUAAAUUUCCAGCAAGGAGCUGUAAGAGACUUACCGUCUACCCUCAGCGGGACGAGUGACUGAACGCUGGGCGUGCCUGUGUCCCUGGCACAGCAGCCAGUCUGUCCGGGGCCAGCCCGAGGGCGUCUGGCCCUCCGAUGAGGGCGUGCCCCUCGAGCGGCACGCUCUGGGCUCUUGGGAGUUCCAGGGACGCACAGCCCCUUCCCGGAGACUCUCACUGACCCCAGGAGGGCUGGGCAAGGCCUUCUUCAUUUUUUCGUUGUUCGAGUUGUCGACCUUGGCGCUCUGCACUAGUUUUACCAUCUGUUUUUGAAAAUGUGUUUUUCGCCAGUGGAAGUUUUCCUUUGGGCCGUGCCUGCCUUUCAGUAUGUUUCUGCCGUAUGUAGCGGUCAUUUCCCUGAACUUCCUCCCAGGACUUCUUACACUUACCUUCCCGAAGUAGUUUGUCCCCAUAAGCUAGUUUCCUUAGAGGGUAACCUGUCUGUGGCAAUUAGCAAUGGACUUUUCGGGUUCUCUGUAUUCAUCGGUGCUAAAUCAGACUUUGUAAUGUGAAAGAAAUGUGCAUGUCGGUAUGAGACUUGAGUUUGUUUUCUGUGGUCACUGGUAUCGGCUUCGCAAUACAGAUUCGAUGUGAAAAGAGUUA